AUGGACGCAUACUGCCUGGAGGUAUGCAAACUGGAAGACAAGAUCUGGGGAAUCGAGUUGCACCACGUCCCGCUAAGGGACAACAAUGAUGCUGAUGCGCUCGCUAAGAAGGCAGCACAGUGGGACCCUGCCCCAACUGAGGUUUUUGUCAAGGACCUGCACACACCUUUGAUUCGCGUUAGAAUCAAGAUCGACUGGGCGUCGGUUAGACACCCUUGCACCAAUGGGCAAGUGGAAAGAGCGAAUAGCAUGGUCCUCCAGGGACUUAAGCCUCGCAUCUUCGACCAGCUCAACAAGUUUGCCCGCCGGUGGGUAGAAGAACUCCCAGUCAUCCUCUGGAGCCUGAGGAUGACUCUCAAUCGGUCCACAGGAUUCACUCCGUUCUUCCUAAUGUACGGGGCGAAAGCCGUGUUACCCACCGACUUGGACCAUAGUGCCACAAGGGUCAAGGCCUUUGACCCCAACCAAGCUGCGAAGGCUCAGCAUGAUGAGAUUGACUUGCUAGAUGAGGCCUGGGAGAUAGCCCUGGUCUGCUCAGCAAAGUAUCAGCAGACCCUCCGCAGGUACCACGAGAGGAAGAUCCGGGGAAGGACCCUCGAGGUCGGUGACUUGGUGCUGAGGAGAGCGCAGUUGACCAAGGACAAGCAUAAGCUCACUCCACCCUAG